GUUGUCUAUAAGAAAUUACUGAUAUUCCUUUUGAGUUUUCGUUGUUAGUUUAAGCACAAGACUUAAUAAUAUACAAUCAAUACAUACGACUUGACAACAUAUUGUACCGCGUAAAUCUCUCACACAAAUUUGGUUUCAUCGUGCUGUCAAAUUAUAUUAAUAUGUUUAUGGCUUAAUAGUAACAUAAUAAUAUAAUCUAUGGUGGAUACGGUUCCGGACCAACUAGCCACUGGUCAAUUCGCAUUGUAUAUUUGAGUUUUGACAUUUGUUAUUUUGUAUUAAACAUUUUAACUUUUGACAAUAUAACACGGUUUGCUUUUUUGUUCGAACCUCUAUACAUUAAUUUAUUUUCAGAUUAGACUUCACAAAGCUGUUUCAAUUAUGUCACAUUCACAAAAAUCAAAACCGUCAUAUUUCGGAAAGAAAAACUAUACUAGAGAUAAUCGCUUUAAGCUUCAACCGGGUAUGAAAGGCUUUUUAUGUACAUGCAAUUUCGGUGAAAAAGAUUGUCAAAAAGAAGCCAUUAAUUUAUUAAGAGAAUACAGUGAAGAAAAUGAGAGUUCUAAGGAAAAAGAAACUACCAGUUUUGAGAAAGAUAUUAUGGACUCUGUUGAAGAUGAGCUUGGCACAUUGACAAAAAAGGACAAUAGCGACUGGAAUAAGUUCACACCAUCUGUAACUGGUGUUGGUAACUGUGUCUUUAUUGGAACCACGAUUGAUGACCCUUGCACAUUGAUGUACAAGAUACUUGAGGAUAUAGAAAAAACCAAAGUUCAAAAGACAAAGUUUCUCUUGCGCAUGCUUCCUAUUACAAUCACUUGUAAAGCAAAUGUAUCAUCCAUAAUAUCAGCUUGUACUGAGUUGUUUCCAAAAUACUUCACCACAGAACCAACUACAUUCGCUAUUGUUUUCAAUCAUAGAUAUAACAAUUCAGUGCCACGCAGUACAGUUAUUGAAGAACUAGCAAAUAAAGUAGCGGAAUUUGGUCAGCAUAAAGUGGAUUUGUCUGGUGGAGCUAAGUUGUCUAUUAUUGUUGAAGUGGUGAAAGCCAUUUGCUGUUUAUCAGUCGUAAAAGAUUACGGACGUUUUUUUAAAUUCAAUCUACUCUCUGUCUGUGGUCAACCUGAAAAAAGACCAAUAAACGAUGAAAAAGGCUGCACAGAUAAUACCCCGCCUAAAAUAAAAAAAUGUGAUGAAGAAAUCCAUGUUGAAAAUCCAGAUGAAAAACCAGAAAACCUUACUGAAAAACCUAUAAUAACCUAGUAUAUUGGUUUUUUAAAUUAUACAUUUAUCAAUAAUAUAUAGUUU